AUGGGCUUUUUAUUUAAACUUUUUGCCAGCACCCUGGCUGUGGCAUCGGCUGUUAACUCGGCAGAACUCCUCAAUUUUGAGAAUGAAAGGGAUGUUAUCCCCGGAGCCUACAUUGUGGUGAUGAAAGAUGGGCUCUCUUCAUCGAACUUCAGAACCCAUCUAUCAAGUGUUCCUCAGGGAAAUGAGGGAAAACGGGGCAUCCAAGGCUCUGAUGGACUGCAGUUCAGCUUUGAUAUUGAAGGCUGGAGGGGGUACAGCGGGAGGUUCGACAAUGAGACCUUGAGCAAUAUUGCCAAUCAUCCUGAUGUCAAAUUCGUGGAACCCGACCGCAUGGCUAAGGCAAGCAUUUUGAAGUUUCAAAAGGCUGCACCCUCCUGGGGCCUUCCUAGAAUUUCACACAGGUUCCGUGGCUUUCGCAAUUACAUUUACCACCGCUCGUCUGGCAAAGGUGUGGUGGCAUACGUAGUGGACACUGGCAUUGAUAUCCAUCAUCCAGAAUUUGAAGGCCGCGCGGAAUAUGGCAUUAACGUGGUGGAUGAAGUAGAAGGAGACGAGAACGGCCAUGGCACCCAUGUCUCUGGUACUAUAGCUGGCAAGACCUUUGGUGUUGCGAAGGGGGUAAAGCUCAUCGCAGUCAAGGCGUUGGGAAAGAAUUCCAGGGGCCCUGACAGCGGGAUUAUCGCUGCGAUGGACUGGGCUGUGAAGCAUGCAAAGGAGAAAAGAACAAUUGGAAAGGCAAUCAUGAACUUGAGUUUGACCGGAGACACUUCAACGGCUCUGAACGAAGCUGCGGAGAGGGCAGUCGAGGCAGGUUUCUUUCUUGGUGUGGCCGCCGGAAACAACAAUCGCGAUGCCAUCAACGAAUCCCCAGCUUCCGUCAAAUCAGUAUGCACGGUUGGUGCAAGCACGAUUAAUGACGAGAAGGCUUCUUUUUCCAAUUUUGGGGCUCGGCUUGACAUCUAUGCUCCCGGGGCCAAUAUUACAUCGGCUCUGCCCAAUGGUCGCCACGGGGCAAUGUCGGGAACAUCCAUGGCUACACCUCAUGUCUGCGGAGUAGCCGCCCUUCUUAUUUCUUCGGAGGGAAUCAGAGCAAAGCAUGCAUGCGACCGCAUUAAGCAGCUGGCGACACGACGAGCGAUCAAGAACCCCGGUGAGAAGACCACAAGCCGUCUGCUUUACAACGGGAGCUUCUAG